AUGGCCCAGCUGGAGGACAAGGCCUCUGCAGCCCCCACUGAGGGGGAGAGGCUGGUCCCAUCACAAGCAAAUGGAGCAGGCGGAAUCCCUCUAGGGAUCCUCAGUACCUCAGAGCCACUUCUGUGCCUGCUGAGGACACAGGGCGUGUGGCAGGUCCCAGAGCUGGACGCCCAGGGUGCAGAGGCCCUGGUGGAGCUGUGGCCACUGGGGAGUUUCCUGGUCACAGGCCAUGACUCCAGCCAGGUUCUUGUGUUGAGGACAGGGACUUCACCAGGAGAAGUCAACACCUACCAGAUCCAGAGGCUUCCUGGAGGUGUGUCCCUGGAAUCCUCCAACGUCUGUAUGCCAGACCUACCCCAUCUCCUGGCCUUCCUAUCAACUAGCAGGGAUAUUUUGCCCAGAACGCUGUUCUUGCUGCCUCCCAUUCCAAGGCCUGGAGACAAACACACAGAUCCUCUGCAGAUCAGUGGCAUCCAACGUGACACCGCAGGGAAGGUGCUUUCCGUGGUGAACCAACUUUACCUGGAGACUCAUAAAAGCUGGGAGGUGGAGCCGGCCCCCCAAGAAACGGAGCCACAGACUGCCGAGAGACACGAUCCAGCUCCCGGGAACCGUGCCCCUCACCGGGUCUCCUGGGUGGAAGGCCCACUCAGCCCAGAAGUGCACCACUCUGGGCCGGUUCUGGCCAGCCUGGUGGAGGAGAAGGAGUCGGAGGAGGAGGCUGAUGACUACAGAGAUGAAGAAGGACCCGAGGAUGUGCUCACCCCUCACGUCCGAGCUCUGGUCAGGGCCCGGAGCAGCUACGUGGCCAGGCAGUACCGGAGCCUCCGGGCGCGCCUCACCUCGGAUUCCGGGGGUCCCUCCAGACCUGGGGACCCGGCCACGGAGCUGCUUCAGGACGUGCGGCACCUGCUCACUGACCUCCAGGAUCACUUGGCAAAGGACCCGGACAUCAGGGCUGUCUUUGGGAGCAGAGCGCCUGGGGCACCCCAGAAGGACGAGGAUCUUGGUAAUGGGAGGCCUGGAUGGGCACCCCCACGGGUUCAGGCCGACCUGCCCUUCGAGGAGCCAUGGGCAGCAGAAACAGAGCCAGGGACCAGUGAUUAG